AUGCGUCAUAGUUGUGGGCGGGGAUAUGACGCUCGAACUUUCGAUUUGGAAUGAAUCUCGUGAAACGUGAUUAAAACGAUUCCGAUUAAGCGGCGUAUGAAGUCUAGAAUGCUGCUACAUGUGACUAAUGAGAAAUCUAUUCUGGAAAGAAGUACCGGAUCAGUUGACAGGGUCAGCCGGUAGAGUGAGUCGUCACGCUCCACUGCCAGAUAUAUAGUUAUAGUGCAGUUUACCACAAGCAGAUUAGAGUCCUGCUGCAAGAGGACAGAAAUCGGUCUGACAUAUAACUAAUGCGAAAGUGGCUAACGUUACUAUUAUUUUAAUUGUCUUUUUCUUUGUAACAUUGUCAGACUUUGAAACGUAACUUCCGUUUUUGAAGGUUCAAACGCGCAAAAGUGACUUAAUUUAAAAAAAAUAAAUAAAUCAAGGAUGGGUCAUUCACACUCGUGCACAGUUCUGCCACCAGAUAUUCCUCUAGCUGUGGUUGAAGAGAUUCUACUGAACCUGCCUGAACAUCAGGUGGUGCGAGUCUGUCGGCUGGUGUGUCGUGAGUGGAAGGAGCUGGUGGACAGUGCUGCACACUGGAAAGAGCGCUGUCGGAGAGAGGGGAUCCAGCCCUGUGAUGCUUCCAGACCCCCAAAGGAUUGGCGCCUGUUUUACUUUAUAUCUAAGAAACAACGUAACUUGCUCAAGAAUCCCAGAGCAGAAGAUGAGUUCAAAGGAUGGAAGAUUGUACAGAACGGUGGUGACUGCUGGGGAAUAGAAAAUAAUUCUGUACAAAUCUCAAAUAACACAGUUCCAAAAUGCUUUGUCACCUCUUACAGGUUAUGUUUGAAGCAACAGCUGAUUGAUUUGAAGAAAGAAGGUUAUAAUGCUGCUUUAAUGGAUCAGCAUCAACCUCAUAUCAAAAUAUCAGACUGGUAUGCCCAGCGCUGCGAUUGUGGGUGUGAGUAUCAGAUCUGUGUAGAGUUGCUUGAUCAGAAGAUGACACCCAUCUAUAUGUUUGAGCCUGAACCAGUUUUCUUUAAACAGUGGAAUGAUACGAAGUGGUGUGAAAUGACCUACGUCUUUAAGGAUUAUGGACCUGGAGUUCGGUUUAUCCGUUUCACUCACGGUGGGAAGGAUACCCAGUUCUGGGCAGGCCAUUAUGGAAUACGGGUCACUAAUAGUAGCGUGGAGAUCUGUCCUGCAAUGUUGGGUGGGAGUCCACCUUAUUCGAGUCCAGAGAUCUGUCCCGCAAUGUUGCGUUGGAGACCACGUUAUUUGAGUCCACGUCUAGUCAAAAAGAGAGUCAAGAACUAAAUAUUACUUCAUCAUUAAGUCAAUAUCUUAGGCUUGUUUUAAGCACGUAUUUUUAUUUCACAUCUUCUCAUUAAUAGUAUCCUGCUGAGCAAACUAUAAGUUGUGUAGGCUAAUGGAAGUAAUGGCCGAUUUCUGUAUUGGGACAUUUCUGAGUAACGGCUUUUCUGAUGUGAAAAACUAUAGAGCGAGACUUGACUGUAUCAUCGAUAUAAAUUCAACUGGUAACUAACCAUGUUACUUUUAGUAAUGGCGUGGAAACAAUGGGAAAAAAAAGCAAUGGAAACAGCGUAUUGGGAUAUGAAAAGAUGAAAAUGCAUUCCGGUGUUAUGCGCCAUUUCAGACAGCUUGCAAGGACCAAAUUCAGUUAUCUUCCACGUCUUAUUGAGUUUGAACAAUUGAUAAAUCACUUGAAUGUUUAAACUACAAGACCGAAGAACAUAUGCACGAAUUUCAACGACAGCUCUGGACUUUUUUCGAGUCCCGACGAAUUGAGCCAGAGUCAAGUCCAAGUAAAAAUGCUUUAGAGUCUGUGACAAGUGCAAGCAAGACUCAAGUACCUCAACUCUGUUUGAAUGUGUUGUCUGUUAUGAGAAACACUGUUCUAUGUAAGGGUGAACUUAAAAAAGCCUUAAGAAAAUUAGGUGCAUCUCUAAUUGUUGUACAUGAAGAUGAAGAUUGUCAUGUAUGUAUUUAUUUUUGCACAAUAUAUAUAAAUGAGUAUUUGGCUGUUUAUAUUUAAAAA